AUGGAUCAUCAUGGUCCGUCCGUUUUCGGACCGUUUGACUUUCAAGGCAUAGAGCCGUUUUCUGAAACUGCUGAACGUUUCGGAUUUAAAAGUACAAAGUGCGUCAUCCAGCGCCACUACAGCUACACUGCCUCACUGCCCACGCCCGUGCCCGAGCCCGAGAGCUUGCACGCAUGCGUGCGUGUGUUCCAGCGCGCAACCCAUGUUUCACCUCCUCCAAAAGUUCCAGUGUACACACCCCAUGGUGGAUGCAUCAGAAACACCAACGGCCAAAAUCUCCCUAUCCUCGGGACUCUCCAAAUGAAUGCUGAGAGGGGUGUCCUCUACGGGGUAAUGCUGAUUGUUCCUGAUCAUCUUUUCUUCUUUCUAAUGGGGCAACGGUCAAUCAUAAGAGACAACGGACAGUCCGUCUUUGAUGGUGAUGUCCGUCAGGGCCAGCUGGUGAUCGUCCCACAGAUGUUUGUUGUGCUGAAACAAGCUGGGAAUGAAGGGUUCGAGUACAUCGCCUUCAAGACCAACGACAAUGCUAUAAGCAACCCACUCGUUGACAAGGCAUCUGCUUUCCGGGCUAUGCCAGAAGACGUGCUGAUGAAUGCUUACAGGAUCUCAAGAGAGGAAACGAGGAGAUUGAAGUAUAAUAGGGGUGAGGAGACGAAGGUGUUUGAACCAAGUUAUCAGAGGUCGGAGGGAGUUAGGGCUUCUGCUUGA